UAAUUGCAGCUGGGGGUUUAAUGAAUUCCUCCCCACUUCAUGACCAAGUAAUGACUGAACCAGCAUGGAACAAUUCAGUCGAUUUGCUGCUCCCGCAACCUCAAAGCUUCGGCAACUCCAGAAAAUUGUUCAGGACAUCAGUAAUAACGAAGACAGCCUCCUUAACAAAUGGCGACGACACAGAGACAAACACGGCCCCAAAGUUCCAGACAGGGAUUACCCAGUCUCUCAACAGAUUCACACCGGAGGUGGUGCUUCCUGGUCGAGUCGCAUGGUCUCCCACACGUCUUUUGGAAAUAUGGAUCAUUUUGAGGACACUGAGAGAUGGUCUGAUGAGAGUGACUAUGAGGAACCCCCUGAUGCUGAUGGCUACGAGGAUCCCCCAGCCCACCAGGUCUUCACCCCGUCCUCCUCUGCGUGUUUCUCCAGAGACAACUAUGUCGACAGCUGCCGGAGACCGUCCAGCCGGCUCUCCAGGAAGCCCUGGACCUCCACAACCACCAAACCGCUGCCCCCUGAGCCGUGCCCCGCGGCCGGCGAUAACGAGGAUUACAUUGAUCCAGAGAGGAGUAUCCGAGACAACAACAUAAAGCCUGCAGCGAAACCGCUACAGGGUGUAAAUAGCAGCCCUGUUGUGUCCAAACCCCUGCGGAAACUCCCGUGUAGUCCUGUUGUAUACGAAGUUACUCUCCCAGAGGAGAAUAUUCCUCCAGUGAGCAGACAAACACAACCUUUGCAAACAAAACUCAGUACCAGACUCAUCAGCCCUCGUGUGAUCCUUGAACAAUCGGACACCGAAUUUGAAGCUUUUGACCCAGAUAUCAGCCAAACAAUCCCUAAGAUGAGCCGUGGCCAUCCCCCGCCUCCCAAGGCUUUCACAGCUGAUUUCAGACCACCCAUGAUUCCUCUUCCACAAAAACCGUACUCCCGCAGACAAGCCGAUCUCAGUUUGAUGGUUGCGAAUGGAUUGCAGGACAUGGACGAGGUUAAGCCAUUUCUCAACUCCGUUCUCGUAACAACUUUCAAGUCAGACAUUGAUAGACAACCCUGGUACGCCAACACGUGCGGCCGCAAGACCGCGGAAGAGCUCUUGAUUCAAUCUAACAGGGACGGCUCCUUCCUGGUGAGGCGGAGUACUGGGCAGGACCCGCAGCAGCCGUACACCUUGGUGGUGCUCUACAAGGGCAGGGUGUACAACAUCCCUGUGCGCUUCAUCCAAGCGACGCAGCAUUACGCACUGGGCCGGGAGAAGAGAGGACAGCAGCAUUUCAGCAGUGUUUCCAAAAUCAUCGAGAACCACCUUCAGAAUCCCCUGGUGCUGAUUGACAACCAUAGUAACAGCAGGGACAUCACCAAACUACGGCACCCAGUCAGGUCCCAGGUGGUCCCACAACGUUAAUCCAUACACAAGACUGUCACAUGGGCAAAAGCCGCAUCUUCAUUGACUGAUGCAUCAGACAGCUGAUUGCAAAUCGUUGAGGGCACAAAUCCUCAAGCGCUCCAUGCUUGAACAUUUGCCCAGAAUUGGAGGGAUAAUCACUCAGGUUGUACUCGAGUGUCUGUUUGAUUUCCACUUAAAGUGCAGCAGUGAUGUGUCGUUUCAAAUAGCUGUACAAGGCUGCAAGUAAGCCAGGACUUGACUGGGUGAGCUCACUACUCGAAUCAAACGGAACAAGUGAAAUACAGCUUCAAAUCCCAUGGAUGUCUGCUCGGAUUACAGCACCGUGUCCAUUUACUGUGGACAUCAGAACAUACUGUAAAUCAUUGCUAAGAGGGAUACAUUAUAACCAUUAGAAAUAAGAAUUGUAUUGGUUUCAGGAUGAGAAGCUAUGUAUUGUUUUAUGUUCAUUCAAAAUAUAUAUAUUUUUUAUUAAAGAUAAUGCGUGUUUUAUGUGUAAGGUGUCUACAACAAUGAUGAAACAAUGAAUUCACAAACUAUGUCCAUUUAUUAUGGGGUUUAAAAUGUAAUGCUGUAAUUCGUAUGCAGAUUGAAUGCAUAGCAAAUUAAAUAAAAAUACUAGGCACUUGGUGACAGAAAAUUCUCAGGUAAAUAUUUUGUACAGUACCUCUCAGAAUGUAUGUACAAUUAUAGAUCCUUUGUAACCCAAAAAAUAUACAUGUACAAAUAUA